AUGAAAUAUACAUCAAAAUUUCAGCCGUCAAUGCUUAGAUCAUCUGUAAAGUAUUCGAUUAUGGGGGACUCUAAUGAUGUAAGCCAUGCUGAUUUUAAAAUUAAUCAAGUGAUUGUACCUCCGAUACCAAAACUUGGCGACUCGCAAAUGUUCUGGACGUGGCGAAUGCUUAUUAAGGCCUAUCUGUCUGCCAUAGGACUUUGGUCGAAAAAUUAUCCAAAAGAGAGCGCCCACACUAAGUUUGUUCUUCUGAGCACUGUGGAAAUGUGGGUUUUAAGAAAGGAGUAUGACGACAUGACAUGCAAGUGUAUUUUCGAAGAUCUUGAAGGGAGAUACAGUUCCAGUUUUGGAAGAAACUCAGGAGACAAAUUUAUAUAAGACCUAUGCCUAAAUUUUAAGUGCUUCUUGAAUUUCAUUUAAAACCCAUGCAUAUUGGCGGCCUUUUUUUCCUAUAUAUCCUAAUAUUCCAAAAUAUAACUAUAUUGUAAAACCA